AUGGGUAUCAAAGGGUUAACAGCAAUCAUCUCAGAAAAUGCACCAUUAGCCAUUAGAAAAAGUGACAUCAAGGCAUUUUUCGGUAGAAAAGUAGCCAUCGAUGCCUCCAUGUCAUUAUAUCAAUUUUUAAUUGCCGUCAGACAACAGGAUGGUGGACAAUUAACCAAUGACGCAGGUGAAACUACUUCUCAUUUGAUGGGGAUGUUCUAUAGAACCUUAAGGAUGAUUGAUAAUGGUAUUAAACCAUGUUAUGUAUUUGAUGGGAAACCACCUGUUUUGAAAUCUCAUGAAUUAGAUAAGAGAAUUGCAAGAAGAGCUGAGACUGAAAAAAAAUUUGCUGAAGCUACUGAUCAAGCUGAAAAGAUUAAACAAGAAAGAAGAUUAGUUAAAGUUUCAAAAGAACAUAACGAUGAAGCAAAGAAAUUAUUAGAGUUGAUGGGUAUUCCAUAUGUUAAUGCUCCUGGUGAAGCAGAAGCUCAAUGUGCAGAAUUAGCUAAGAAGGGUAAAGUAUACGCUGCGGCAAGUGAAGAUAUGGAUACUUUAUGUUAUAGAACUCCGUAUUUAUUAAGGCAUUUGACAUUUUCAGAAGCCAAAAAGGAACCCAUUCAAGAAAUUAAUACUGAACAAGUUUUACAAGGGUUAGAAUUAACUUUGGAACAAUUUAUAGAUUUGGGUAUUAUGUUGGGUUGUGAUUAUUGUGAAAAUAUUAGGGGUAUCGGUCCCGUUACUGCAUUCAAAUUGAUUAAAGAACAUGGGUCUUUAGAAAAAAUUAUAGAAUUCAUUGAAUCAGACGAAAACACAAACAAGAAAUGGAAAGUUCCAGAAAAUUGGCCCUAUAAAGAAGCCAGAGAAUUGUUUGUCACCCCUGAUAUUAUUGAUGGUAACCAAAUAACGUUGAAAUGGGAACCACCAAAGGAAGACGCCCUAAUAGAAUUUCUAUGUAAGGAAAAAUUGUUCAAUGAAGAAAGAGUUAAAGCUGGUAUUAAAAGAUUACAAAAGGGUCUAAAAGCCGGCGUACAGACAAGAUUAGAAGGGUUCUUUAAAGUUGUGCCUAAAACUAAAGAACAGUUGGCUUCGGCAGCUGCUAAGGCAAAAGCCGCUAAAAAGGCAAAUAAAGCCAACAAAGGUAAGGGUAGGAUUAUAAAAAAGAGAUAG